AUGAAAGACCACAACGAGAGCGGGAGCCGUGGCGUCAACCGUACGGCCAAUUCGGGCCUCAAUUUUGACUUUCCGUCACUUAAUCUCGACUUUCAUUCAAUCAGUGAAGCGUUGAGUCCAAGAAAUUUGUCCACAAAUUGGGAUCAACUGAUGGCUGCGACCAAAUGCGGCACAAAUCGGCCCAAAGACAUCGCUUGUCAGAGCUGUUCCAUCAAAUUCACUGUCUUUAAGAGGAAGCGGACGUGUAUUGACUGUAAUAUGGAUUUUUGCAAUCAAUGUCUUAACAAAGACUUGGGAUACGACCGCAAGAAUCACUGCAAACGGUGUGUUGUCUUCAGUGCGGUUCCGUUGGAUAGGAAUGCGUUGAAUGGUCUGAGAGCUCGUGAUCUCAAAUGGUUUUUGGCCUCAAAGCGAAUCCCCUCUCAGAUGUGUAACGAAAAGGGAGAACUCGUCGAUCUUAUCAUACAAUCAUUUUCUCCGCAAUCAAACGCUUCUUCAGAGUCGAGUCAAUUCAUGCGGCCCUUCGAUAGGGAGACCAGAGCUCAGCCCACAAAUGAUAAUCAAAGCGAAAGUCAAUCACAAACCCAGAGUCACAACAAUGUGGAGCCGUUGCCCAUCCGUUCUGCUUAUUCACCCGUUUAUCCAUCGCUUAAUUCAUUGAAUACCAAUUCUAAUCCAAUCAACGAUUCAAACGCGGGUAGCAGUGAAUCGGUGAACACUAAGCCCGAGUCCACUCCAAACAAGUCCAACACUUAUUUCAAUAUCGAUGACUUGAAAUCAAUGGAUCAGUUGAAGGCAUUGAGUGUCAAACAGUUGAAACUCAUAUUAACCCGAAAUUUCAUCGAUUAUAAGGGAUGUGUGGAAAAGGAAGAGCUUCUCUCCAAAGUUGAACGGCUCUGGAAUGAUAGACAAGAAAAUAAAACUCAAAAUUUGGAUGACAUUCCCGAUUCAAAUGUGUGCAAAAUAUGUAUGGAAUCUACCAUUGAUUGUGUACUAUUGGGUAAGCAUUGCGUGUUAGACCCGAUGGGUGUUGUGUUGCAAUUAUCAUACAUUGAUGUCCGCAAACCCGCACUCACGAGUCGGAUGUACUCUUUGAACAUAACUAUAAUUAUGUUAUAUCUGAAAUUAAUGCUGAAAUGUAUAAAUACGUACAGUGUAUGUGAAGUUACCGCUCAAAACGGUCUACACCUAUCAUACUCUAUGGUUCAACUCUUCAUAGAGAAAGUCAUACGAAUGAAUCGAUUUGUUGUCUUCCUUUGGGAAAUCAUUUGA